AUGUGUCAGUUACCCAACCCACCCUUAAAUCAGCCAACAGGAAUGCAAGGGGAAAUAACCAAAGUCCAAAGUAUGCUAACCGCAUCCUAUCACCUGCGUAACUGGACCCUAGCCCUCACCCAACCAAUCGGAAUCAGCCAUAUCAUGGCCCUAGCAUCACCCCACCACCCGACGCCAAGCCCUAUAAAAUUUCUGUCCUUCGGGAACUCGGGGCUCUUUGCAUCCUGCCGCUGCGUCGGUAGAGGUGGAGAGACCAGGCUUGGGCUUGAAAAAAGGCUCUUUGUUUUUGCAUCGGACUCAGUUCCCUGGUGGUCUUUGGGGAUCUUGAAAUCUGGGCAUAACAGCUGGACCUUGAGUCUGUGCCUGCAUGUUCCUACAACUUCUCAGAGUCCUGUGGACAAUGACUAA